AUGCAUCGCCGUACUCUUUGGACGAGAUCUGCCACUACCUUGCGACGCAAUGUCCAUAAUCAACAAACAAUUUCUAAAGCUGUACAAGAAAUCCGUGAGCUUCUAAGCCACACUUUCACUUUACUAGCAACCUCCUCCUCCGUCUCUAAGUCAGCUUGCAAUGACGCCAAAGCGCUGGUAGCCAAUGCUUUGCUGCCACGACUCCCAUUUAGCAACGACGUCUUUCUUCAUGGGGAACGAAAGUUGACCGAGCUGGAGGCUGCACAGUUGAGGGUCUCAGUGGAACAACGUGCCAAGGGUAAACCUCUAGCUUACAUUAUUGGUAAAAAAGAGUUUUGGUCAAUGGAUUUUCGAGUGACUAAAGACACACUCAUUCCACGAAGUGAUAGUGAAGUACUAAUUGAAACUUUGGUGGAGCAAUUUCACCCGCAGACACCACUGCAGAUUCUGGAUAUUGGAACAGGCACCGGUUGUUUACUACUCUCAGCGCUGUCCGAGUUCCCGCGUGCUACUGGAGUUGGAAUCGACAUAUCUCUAGGUGCUCUUGAGGCUGCAAAAGAGAAUGCCCGUUUUCACAACUUAGAUGGUCGUAGCAAUUUUGUUCUUCGAGACUUGCAGACGCUGCCGGGGCUUCAAAAUGAUGAUGAAGCCAUGUACCAACGCUUUGACGUUAUCUUGUGCAACCCUCCGUACAUACCACGUCGAGAACUUCAUCUUGUAGAGCCUGAUGUGCUCGAGUAUGAACCACAUCUCGCACUGUUUCCGGAUGGUGGACCCACACGUAAAGACACUGGAGCGGACCCCGAUGGGUUACGAAUGUACCAAUUGCUGUACGAGAGUGUUGAUAACCUCUUCAAAAACCACGCAGAGCGUGUAAAAGGAUUCGGGGAAGGAGUGCUGGGACAUCACACGACAAAAAACUGCCUUUUGAUGGAAAUCGGUUCAGAGGACCAGGCGCGUUUAGUACAAAAGCUUUUUACUCGCAAAGUUAUGACACGAAAUGGAGGAGAUAUGAUGGAAAAGGAGUCUUUGCUGCAGUUUGAGCGUUUUCUUUAUGAUGCAAGCGAGAAAUGUCGUGGUCUGUGCUUUAAGACACAUUAA